GGGACUUAAAAAAAGAAAAAAGACCCGCUCUCAGAAAAUGCCGUGUAGUUUCGCCAGGAAGUGUUGUACAGCUUUGAGAUUAGCAUAUUCAGAUUCAUUAUCAAAAACUGAAUCUAUAUAUUUAUUUAUAUCUACAUAUAUAUUUCAAAAUUUUUCGUUGAUUUUCAUUUUCUGAUAAAAAUUUCAGUAAUUCUGGGGCGCGAAAACUCAGAAAAGAUUAGAGCGACCGAACAAGAUAAAAAAGUACAUCAUUCGACUCGAUUUCUGACGCCGAUGGCGAAUAUGAUAUUUUCAUUGCGUGGACGUUGAGUUCUGGUGGAGAAAAUGGCGUAUUUCGAGUCAGAAUUUCGAUCUUUCCCAGUAGAAGCCGAAUAUCUCGCUCGCGAACGCGCAAAAAAAUCGAAAAACUGGACGUACACUUUUCUAGAGCUUGAGAUGGCGCAUCGAACGGUGUAAAAACUUUGGCUCUAAGAUCUCUCCAGAAGGAGUUGAAAGACUUACAAAAACAGUUGAUGUAUUUUGAUCACUUUGGUUUCGGGCUUUGUCAUAAAGUGACUUUUCCUUUUGCGGCUUCGGAAGAUACAUCUAUAGAUUCAGUUUUUGAUGAUGAAUCUGAAUAUGCUAAUCUCAAAGCUGUACAACACUUCCUGGCGAAACUACACGGCAUUUUCUGAGAGCGGGUCUUUUUUCUUUUUUUAAGUCCCCCUGAAUAUUUCGAGGAUAUCUCAGCGAGGAAAGGGUUUGGAGAGCCAGGGAAGUGAUAUUCGUGCUCGUCGUUGGAUUCUGUAUCGAAUAGUGUAUUAAACAGACACCUCUACUUUUUACUGUAACCUUGCAUGUCGUGCAUCUUAUAUACGCUUUCCUUAGCCUGUUUAAAUCUUAUCUUUACUGUAUGUCUAAAUAGACAAUUUUUUGUCUUAUUGUGAAACUCUUGAUUUUCAUUAAGAACAAGGGAAAUUCAAUAGAUUAUUUUAUAGAGAGGCUAGACAUGGGCGGGACUGAGAUCGGGAUUGGAACCAGAAAAGCUUUUUACCGGGACCGACACUUGAACUAAGGCUUCUUUUUCGAUUUAUGGCACAAUAGAAGGCCAGAUGGUCUUCUGUUAUGGAGGAAGGGGGGAGGGGGGUAUACUGAGCUGUUGUAAAAAGCAUUCUAACAAUUAUUUAACAAUCCGAAUUAGUAUGAUAUUCAUAAAUGCUUAAAGAAUUCUUCAAACAUAUGAAAGAGAUAGAAAAAGUGGUUAUAAAUCUCGGUUCUGAAACGAUUUUACUUGCUCGAGAAAUAUUUGUUUUUAAAAGGUAUACCAAAAAUCCAGUGAAGGUUUUUUCUUUUUUUUAAGGUAUGAAGAGCAAGUUAGACUUGGAAGAGAAGAAUAUGAACGAGAAUUAGAAAUACAUUCUCGGGAACAACAUCGAAUAAUUGAAGAUAAGCGUUAUCAAACGUAUUUACAUGAAGAGGAAGAAUAUCAGCGUCAAGUUAUAUUUGAUUUUGAACGUAUAAUUUAUCAAACAACAUCAGCAUCACCAAGAUUUAUCGCACAAUUUCGUAUGAAACAGCAUCAUAUUGUUCAACAAACAAUAAUUGAUGAUGAAGAAAAAUGUAUGAUAUGUUUGGAAGAUUUUAAAUUGGAACAAAUCUAUUCAGUAUGGCCAUGUUUAAAUAAACAAAAAAAAGAACAUAUUUAUCAUUAUGAGUGUAUGCUUAAUGCAUUAAGGUCAAAAAACACAUGUCCGUUAUGUCGAGGGUCAGUUGAACCUUCUUCUACAACAUCGACACUACGUGAUCUAUUACUUUUCUAG